CUUCUCAGGCCACCAUUGAGCCAGUGAGUAUAUCAGCAGUCAAGUAUCAUGGAGGUCAUCACACUUUGUGCUAUUGUUGCUUCUCUAAGAAUCAUUCCCAACAGAUCCCAGUUCUUCCAGUAUGAGUCCGUCUCCAUGAGCUGUGGGCAGCAGGACAACUCCUCAGUGUGGCGUAUUAAGAGGAACACGUCCUUAUACAUAAACACAACAUGUCCCUCAUCCUCAAAUGGAAUAGAUGAAUCUCACUGCAACAUCAGUGACCUUUACCCAGCAGACACUGGAGUUUACUGGUGUGAGUCUGCAGCAGGCGAGUGCUUCGAUGCUGUCACCAUCAUAGUAACAGCUGGUUCUGUGAUCCUGGAGAGUCCCGUUCAUCCUGUGAUGGAGGGAGAUACUGUAAUUCUGAACUGUAAAUACAUGGCCACUCUCUAUGAUAAUGUCAUAAGUGAAUUUUACAAAAAUGAGCUUCUUAUUGGGCGCAGCUCAACAGGAAACAUGACUAUCUACAGAGUCUCUAAAUGUGAUGAGGGACUCUACAAGUGCAACAUCUCUGGAGCAGGAGAAUCACCUGACAGCUGGAUGACUGUCAGAGCUGUUCUGCUCAGCCUCAGCAGCAAAGGUAAAAUUGACCCUGUGGUCAUGCCGUACACUGAAGUCAUCUACACACAAAAGUCGACGACUGAGGAAGAGGUCCUUGUUGUUAUCAUCUAA